AUGUCCAAAUCACACGGUGAUGGCGCUCCAGCAUACAAGGAUCCGGCAUCUUUGAGGAACAGUUCAUAUAAGCGCGGAAAGAAAUCCGAUAUGUUUAGCCUUGGUGUAAUAUUGUGGGAAAUAUCUAGUGGAAAAGUCCCAUGCGGAGAACAUAUUGAAGUUGCUAAUAUUAUUGUCUACAGACUUAAUGGCUCUCGUGAUCUUCCAUUUCCCGGAACACCUAAAGAGUAUGUUAAUCUUUACUCAGAAUGUUGGGAUGAAGACCCUAAUCAGCGACCAUGUUUGACUUUUGAUGUACUGAUGUCGCCCGAAACGCCACCAAUAUCUGCUAGACAUCAAUCGAAAUCGUCAAAUGCCAAGAUACGG